AUGUCUUCAUUCGGUACACAUAAAGAAGUGGGAAAUCCAGAAAAGAGACAAGCUCAAUAUAAUGCAGCAUUAAAAGCAGGAAUGAAAGGAGCAGGAGGUGGAAUAGCAGUGGCAGGACCGGCAGCUUAUUUUUUACAUAGAACAUGGCAACCAUUUCAACGAUUAACAUUACCCCUAAAAGCAAUGUUUGUUACUUUUGCAACAGUUUCAGCAGGUGUAAUUGCAGCAGACAAAGCAGGAAUCGCAUUUGAUCAAGAACAUUUCACUGAUGAAGGUGCACAAAAGAUUCGUCAAUUUAGAACGGAAGAAGAAAAGGAAUGGGCAGAGUUAUCAACAAGAGAUAAAGCACUUACAUGGACAAAGGAUAACAAAUUCGGUGUUGUUGCUGGAUCUUGGAUCGCUUCAAUGGCAGGUAUUUUUGCUUACAUUCACAAUCAACCAAUGCCAUUCAGUCAAAAGCUCGUGCAAACCCGUGUUUGGGCUCAAGGUAUCACUUUGGCAAGUUUGGUGGCCAUGGCCGGAAUCACACAAAUUCCAAGUGCAGGUGAUAAACUUCUAUAUAAAAGAGAUCAUGCUGCCGAUCAUAGCUGGCGUGAUUUCGUAAAAGAUUCACCUUCAAGUCAAGAAGCUGCAGCAAAUAGAGCAUUAUCCAGACCAUCAUCCUCAAAAAAGCCAAAAGCGGAACAGAAACCUGAUUCAUCCAAAGAACAAGCAGAAGGAUCCAUGCAAAAGUAA